AUGUCUCAGCCGCUUCGCCUCGCCGAUAUUCGGCUGCUCCGAUUCGGCUGCGGGGCUGCAGGCGGCGCACGGCUCCGGGCUUUGCCGACCUUGCGCCUGGCUCUGGAAGCCUGGGGGCUGCCAGAACGGCCCGGGCGCCCACGGGGCUCGGUCCCACGGGUCUUGGACGAGGCCUUGAGGCCGUGCGGAAGCACUGACUGCCGGCACUGCCACUUGUGCCCCGAAGGGGAGCUCAGGGCGCGGAGGAAGGCGCCGCGCGCCGGGGUCAAGGCAGAGAUGUCGCGCCAAGAUUCGCUGGACCAGGAUCUCAUGAGCUCUCCUUUGGCCCUGAGCCUGGCGCAGAUGCUGGACGCGGACGAGGAGGACCCUAUGCCCGGGCUCCAUGACAGCCGAGCCAGGGGGAAGGAGGAGGAGGUUGGACGCCAGGCAGAUCAGCAGUCGGAGUCUGAUCCCUUCAAGCUGAGUGAGGGAGGCCUGCUCGAUCAGCUCGCCAUGGAGAAGAGAGAGCAGAGGCGGGGGGCGCAGCGUACGUUGAGCUUGCGACGUGAACUGCUCGAUGCCGCCCGCAUUGUGCCCUCAGAGGGCUCGAAGCUGCACGGCAGCGGUCUGUGCAGGCCCUGCGCCUGGUUCUGGAAGCCGAAGGGCUGCGAGAACGGCAAGGACUGCCGGCAUUGCCACCUGUGCCCCCAGGAGGAAAUCAAGAAUCGCCGCAAAGUGAAGCAGAUGUUGCUGCAGAAUGAGGGCAACGAAUUGGACGCCUCUCUCAGUGAGCUCCCUGACGCCUCUCGGCCGCAGCUCGCGGGCGGUUUGUGCAUGGGGCGGCUGGACCUCAGCUCCCCUCUUGGCUGGGACGCCUUCGGCGCGUCGCCCUCCUCGCCCUCCCCGGAGCCUCUUGGCACCAGAGACGAGUCCCCCAAGUUUGCCAUCGAGCUGGCGAACUGCCUGCCGGUGCCUUCGGCAGGCAGGCCCUGCGCCUGGUUCCACAAGGCCUCGGGCUGCAGCAACGGGGAUGCCUGCGCGCACUGCCACCUCUGCCCUGAGGCGCGGCUUCGGCGGGGGUUGGGUCGGGGUCGGCGGGGUCUGGGGGGGGGUUGGGCGUUGGUCGGGAGCCUGUGGGUUGAAAGAUGA